AACUAACUACUAACCCUGUCACCAGCACUCUACUAUGAUAGGGAUGAUCCUGCUCACGGUGGUGGUGAUCUUCCGGAUCCUGAUCGUGGCCAUCGUCGGGGAGACCGUCUACGAUGACGAACAGGAGAUGUUUGUGUGCAACACCCUGCAGCCGGGCUGCAACCAGGCGUGCUACGACCAGGCCUUCCCCAUCUCCCACAUCCGGUACUGGGUGUUCCAGAUCAUCAUGGUGUGCUGUCCCAGCCUCUGCUUCAUCACCUACUCCGUCCACCAGUCGUCCAAGCAGAAGGAGCGCGGCUUCUCCGGCGUGUACCUGUCGGUGGACCGGACGGGCCGGCCAGACGACAACCUGCUGAAGAACACUCUGGUGAACGGCCUGCUGCAGAACUCGGAGAACUCGUACAAGGAGGCGGACCCGGACGCGCACAUCUUCCCCCGGCAGUGCGUGAGGACGCAGUCCAAGAUGAGGAGGCAGGAGGGCAUCUCCCGCUUCUACAUCAUCCAGGUGGUCUUCCGGAACAUGCUGGAGGUGGGCUUCCUGGUGGGCCAGUACUUCCUGUACGGGUUCAACGUGCCCCCGGUGUACGAGUGCGACCGGUACCCGUGCAUCAAGGACGUCGAGUGCUACGUCUCGCGGCCCACGGAGAAGACCGUGUUCCUGGUCUUCAUGUUCGCCAUCAGCGGCGUCUGCGUGGUCUUCAACCUGGCGGAGCUCAACCACCUGGGCUGGAAGAAGAUCAAGGAGGCCGUGAGGGGCGUGCAGGCCCGGAGGAAGUCCGUCUACGAGAUCCGCAAGAAGGACCCGGCCAAGAUGAGCGGAUUUGGACACAUCCAGUCCAGUGACUCCGCCUACGUUUGACCGACUUCACCGGAGGGUUGAGCAGUCGAGACCUGGGAAGAUCUAGAACUGGACAGCUCUCGAUCCAAGUAUCUUUAGAUCUGAACAGCUCUAGAUCUGAGCAGCUUUAAGUCUGAGCAGCUCUAGGUCUGAGCAGCCCUUGAUCAGAGAAGCUCUAGCCCUGAAGAGCUCUAGAUCUGAGGAGCUUUAGAUCCAAGCAGUUCUAGAUCCAAGUAUCUUUAGAUCUGAACAGCUCUAGAUCUGAACAGCUCGAGACCUGAGAGCUCUUUACCUGAGAGCUAUCCAUCCUAGGAGCUCUUGAUCAUAAGCGAAUAUUUCCUUCACCUACAUCCUUAUCUUGGAACUGCAGGGAAAGGAACUUACAAAGAUGGUCUUGUAAAUAAAUGUCAGUGUGGUCACUAUCUAGCGCCGAAGGUAACACUGUGGGGUUGGAGCCUAUGGCCCAGCGAUGGAACACGUCCUGCUGUAUCCUGACUGUUAGGAGCUGGGCGUCGGACGGCGUCCCGGCAGUUGGUAUCUGGGAAACGACAGCUGAUCGUCGUCCAAGGCGACACCCAAGAGCACCAAAAAAAACAUUCUAACUUCUACUAUUCGUCUUUGAGAUUGUGUUUUAGCACCUGUGAAACAUUCUCUUAUUAUCUUGUUAUUUUAUUCAUAUGAACUUGUCUUUGGUCACUCCAUGAUGGGGGAAUGCCGUAUAAAGGGAAGAAGUAUAAAGUGCUUAUUUAAAUGAGGACGUUCACGUCCGAUGUUAAAUCGUAGUUCAUUGUGUCUAUUUUAAUCUUGUUCUCGGUUGUCCAUCUUGACUUUGCACUAAGAGGCCAAACACAGACAUCGAGGAAGCAUUCCAAGAGACAGGAGGAGCUGUGGUGGCUGCCAGGCGCUAAACCACGCCGGCACCUCUCAUCUCCCCACUGAUUGGCUGCAUAAGAGUUAACCUCCGACCUUAACCACGGCUCCAGUGAGCACUGAGUGUCUUGGUCAAGCCAUGGCACCAUUUUGACUGCGUGACGUUUUGUACAAUAGUACCACGCCACUUAUUUCAAAGUGUGUGUUUGAUACAUGUAUACAUAAUACGUAUCACACACACGUUGAAACACCGAGGUUUAAACGUCUGUGUUCCCCGAUCUACUGAAUUACUGUGUCUUAUAUGAAAUACUGUGUUUAUUUAUCAUGCGGUGCUGCCAUCUUGUAUUUCCAAUGAAGCUGUCCGCAAUAAAAUGGAUGUCAAACUGUU